UCGGGCGGGAGGCGGCGGGAGCGGAGCGGGGCGGGGCGGCGGGACGGAGCGGAGCGGGGAGCUCGGAGCGGCGCGGGGAGCUCGGCUCGGGGCGGCGGGAGGAUGGAGAUGAAGAAGCGGCUGACGCUGGAGCUGCGCAACAAGAAGCCGGGCGAGGUGAAGGAGCUGGUUCUUGAUAACUGCCGUUCGGACGAUGGGAAGGUCGUUGGUCUCUCCUCAGAUUUCGAGAACCUGGAGUUCCUCAGCAUGAUCAACAUCAACUUGCUGUCGGUCUCCAAUCUCCCCAAACUUAACAAACUCCGGAAGCUGGAGCUGAGUGAUAACAGGAUUUCUGGUGGCCUUGAAGUUCUAGCAGAGAGAACUCCUAACCUGACACACUUGAAUCUAAGUGGCAACAAGAUCAAAGACAUCAAUACUCUGGAGCCCUUGAAAAAGUUGCCAAACCUCCAUAGUCUGGACCUCUUCAACUGUGAGGUGACAAUGCUCAUCAACUACCGGGAGAGCGUGUUCACCCUUCUGCCCCAGCUCACCUACCUAGACGGAUUUGAUGCUGAUGACCGGGAAGCCCCUGACUCGGACCCUGAAGCAGAUGGAGAUGGACUGGAAGAUGAGUACGAGAAUGGGGAAGAAGGUGAGGAAGAGGAUGAUGAUGACGAGGAAGAUGAUUUGGAUGAAGAAGUCAUUGAUGAUGAGGAAGAUGAAGAUGAUGAUCUGGAAGGUGAAGAGGAGGAGGACGGAGUAGAUGAUGAGGAGGAAGAUGAGGAGGAAGACGGUGAGGAUGAUGAAGAAGAUGAAGCUGAUGAUGACCUUCCGCGAGGGGAAAAGAGAAAACGAAAUCUAGAGGAUGAAGGAGAGGAAGAUCCAGAAGACGAAGAGGAUGAUGAGGAUGACUGAUCUGAGCGAGCCAAUCAGUUUUACAGACUAUGACUGUGCUUGUCUUAACCUCCCCGUUGUGUCUAUGUGAGACUGUAAAUCCCCGUCUCCCACUCCUCCCCCCUUUGUAUGGCUGCAGCGUCCACAAUAUAUUUUUUUAAGAUGUAGAAUACUGUAGGCAUUCAGGGGAAUCUUCCAUACAAGGCUCACUUUCUCACAAGUAUCUCAUGACCAAAGGCUUUCUCCGUUCUGUGGUUUGUGCAGCAGUUUGCAAAAAAAAAAAAAAAAAAAAAAAAAAAUUACUUUCCUCCUAGGGUAUCUUUCGUGUCUGAAAUCAGCCUUGCCACACUGGACCCAGAGCUCCCGCUCGCCUGACAGCAAAGAAGGCGUGUUUGCUAUCCGCAUGCCCUCAGACCAGCUUUCUGAAGACGCUUGAGCCAUCCUGAGCAGUGGGUGCAAAUCUGGUUCAGCUAAAUGGACUCGAAGCGAAUGAUCGCUGAGGUCUCUCUGAUCAGAAAUAAUCUGAUGUGAUCUCUGGAGAUGCUUGAAGAUACUUUAGUGCUGGGGAUGUGGGGUGCCUGGGGUCUUGGGGAGGGGGGGGUCAGCUGCUUGCGAGACCUGGUCCCUCUGACGAUGCACCUUGCAGUAGCCCUGCAUUUGCUUUCCUAUUUUUUUUUUUUUUAUAUAAACUGGAAUAUUUUUCCUGGUGGCCACCUAAUAACUUUCACUUGGAUAUCCCAAGUAAGUCUGGUUUUUGCGGCUGUGAGCAUCUUUGCUGUGAUGAGGCUUCUCGUCACCCCGCAGCCGCCUCUGCCUUUAGGAAGAGAUAGGAAAUAGCAGGUUAAGGGAUACUGCACUUCCGUCAAACUCCAUUUCGCACUGUACAGAACAUGUUCAACCAGUAUCACUGUGAUGCACCUAACUCGGCGUUCCCCGGGAGACCGUGUUAGCCUAUAUAUUCUCAGGGUCCUUCUGCUAGCCAGUUCCAGCUCUGGACAGUUGCCUCAGCGCUAGCCUGGUGUACGCAUCCUCCUCCUCUUUCCUUUUCAGCAUGGAGAAGCGCGUUGAUCAGAAAUCCAGCUCUCCCACUCGUGUUUAUGCUCUGCAGGAGCACAGACGGUGCUGCAGAGCGUGCGUCCCCCCUGCCCUGCGGUGGCUGGAAGGAGGAAGGGGGGGGUUCAGCCAGGUGUAGCUCUCUGCCGGAGGGUUUCUGACCCCCUCGCCCACCUUUCUUCUACCUGGAGGCGUGCAGCCGGCACAUCCGUUGGGCUUGUGUGGAGAACCGGCCCCGUGGCAUCCAAGGGAUGGUAACUGCUCGGUGCUGGGUGCCAGAGAGCUGUGCUGGGGCUGGAGUAACUGCUGUUCCUCCUGCUGCUGAGGCUCUCCCCGGGUGCAGACGCACUGGCACUUUGUGGCGUUCCCGGUGGUUGCUCUGGGCAAUCUGUCGGCACCCGGCGCUCGGAGGCGAGACUCGGCAGCGGUUCCUUCAGAGGAGUGGUGUGUGUUGCAGCACAUCCGAGUUUCUGUUGCUUUGUUCUGUUCUUGCUGUUGUCUCUUGCAUUGUACAGUAGCUGUAACCAUUCGGAGAAGAACUAGUCCUGUAAAAUGCAAACUGAGUAACUUAUAAAUGUUAAAGGAAUUUUUAAAAGAAAUUUCAGAGCAGCAGUUACUUCUAAUUUUUCCCUGCAUUUUUAGCAGAUUGUAUGGAUUUUAUAUUAGCCUAGUAACUGUCAGGUUUUGAUUGGUCAGACUAGUCCCAGAAAUAAGGAUCUCCAGCCCUUUUGUAUCUUUUGUUACAAAAUUUGGAUAAAACUUUUAAUAAAGACUUCAGUUUUUAAAAAUC